UCGAGCAAAAUCCAGUCCAUAUUUCCCCUCAACCCCGUGUGGCUCGCUGGCAGGUCUUGUUUACUGGCGCAAAGACAGGAAAGGGGAUCCUUGGAGAGACGGGGCAUGUCAAUCUUCUAACGUAGCUACCUCUAAUGUAGGGGGAAAUAUUUUUCGUUUUAUUCAGUGUCUAUUCUCGGCUCAGUGGAAUUGCUGUUUGUAGCAUAAGACACUGUGUAAUCAACGCCAAGACUUGGUUUACAUAGAUAAGAAUUACAGAAUGGUUCACUAACCUCGACGAGAAGUCAAGCAAUUGAGGUGGACGCCUGGCUGAAAUCUCAGCACUGAAUUGAGCCAACACUACGGGGACGGCCUUUUCUUCGUGCAUGUAGAACGCUCGAUGGUGAACUUUAGCUGCUGCGACUACUCUGCUAUUUGUCGUACUAUUGUUAUGGACUUUACUGUUUAUAUAGGGGAGUGUAGUACGGUACAUUAUGGUCGGACAGCUGCUGCACCCGAAGCGCACUGACCCGUGAAUUUACUACGCCACGCUUGCUAGCUAACAUUACAUGGGCCAAGUUGUCAGCAGGACCUCAGAAGAACAACUGGCUAGGAUUAGUUUACUAGGCACGGACAUAUAGUUAGCAUUGUGUGGCCAUUUUUACGAUUGUCUGAACCUCCAUUUGAUUUUUUUAAAUUCAUCUUGAAACAGGGUGAAUUCAAACGGAUUGCUCUCCUGCUGUGACAAAAAAAAAUAACUUUAUUUUGGCCUGUGUCGGUAGCCACCUAGCCAGCUAGCAGCACAGCUAACAGGGUGGACUAGCAUGCUAGCUGUAGCCAUUCCUUCAGAUCUGAUUCGCGGGUGGUUUGCUACAGGCUUGUUACGGAUUUUUCUCGAGGAACAAGGAUUCCAGAAAACGCAACCGAUCUGAUGCAACUACGUUAAAGGAAAGACUGUACUGACAUUAUUUCACAAUGUUGCCUGCAUAUAUUCUCUCACGUAUAUAUGGGUACUUUGAAUCCUUAGACUUGUGUAGUUAAAGCAGCUAGUGAGUGUUAGCUAAACAAUCUUUUCAUAUCAACGAGUCUAGCUAGCUAGCUAGCUGAAUGCUAGAGAAUUGAACACGUUGGACUUUCUUCUCCGCCCAUUUUGGGGGGUGACAGGAUUUUUAUCAGCCAUAUGUCGUUGUUUUAAUAAACAAGCUGCAUUAGACGCUACUCUCUUCGGAUUGUCCAUUAAUUGAUCUUCACCGCGCUGGACAGUUGGUACAUAUCUGCAGGAGUCAGGAUGCGGCUUCGGACUUUGAUUGUUUUGGUGGCGUCUGUCUGCAUUUUAUGGAGUUGUCAGUCAACAAAUGGAGAAGUCUGCUCCAGCAUAGACAUCCGGAACAACACAACGGACCUGGCGUUACUAAAGAACUGCACGGUGAUCGAGGGCCACCUGAAGAUACUACUCAUGUUCAAAACCAAGCCAGAGGACUUUCGCGGCCUCAGCUUCCCCAACCUCACAAUGAUCACCGACUACCUGCUCCUCUUCCGUGUCUACGGCCUGGAGAGCCUGAGCGACCUCUUCCCCAACCUGACGGUCAUCCGGGGCAACAACCUCUUCUUCAACUACGCACUGGUGCUGUUCGAGAUGCUGCAACUGAAGGAGAUUGGCCUGCACAGCCUGACGAACAUCACGCGCGGCGCCGUGCGUGUGGAGAAGAACCCGGACCUGUGCUAUCUGGCCACGCUAGACUGGUCCAAGGUGCUGGACACAGUGGAGGACAACUACAUUGUGGCAAACAAGAAUGAGCGCGAGUGUGGCGAUGUUUGCCCCGGCACGGUCAAGGGAAAAAUCACCUGCCCACAGACCACCAUCAAUAUGCACUUCAGCGAACGCUGCUGGACCUUACGGCACUGCCAGCGCAUCUGCCCGUCCUACUGUAAGCACGCCUGCACCCGAGACAACCAGUGCUGCCACGAGCAGUGCCUGGGAGGCUGCCUGGAGCCCGGCUCGCCCAGCAAGUGCGUGGCGUGCCGGCACUACCUGCAUAAUGACACGUGUGUGGAGCAGUGCCCGGCGGGCUACUACACCUACAAGGGCUGGCGCUGCGUCUCGGUGCACUUCUGCCAGGAGCGUUACCAGCGCUGCAAGGAAGCCAACGGCACCGCGUGUCAGCACCACGUCAUCCACGACGGCGCCUGCCUGGCCGAGUGCCCCUCGGGAUACACCACCGCCAACGCCACCUCGCUGCACUGUACGCCCUGUGCGGGCCUGUGUCCAAAGGUGUGUAUGGGCCGCAAGACCAUCGACUCGGUGACUGCGGCCCAGGAGCUGCGUGGCUGCACUGUGCUCAAUGGCAGCCUGGUCAUCAUCAUCCGCGGAGGCAAUAACAUCGCUGCCGAGCUGGAGGCCAACCUAGGCCAGCUGGAGGAGAUCACAGGCUACCUGAUGGUGCGGCGCUCCUACGCACUCGUCUCACUCUCUUUUCUCCGCAAGCUGCGCAUCAUUCACGGGGACACGCAGGAGUCCGGGAACUACUCUUUCUACGCACUGGACAACCAGAACCUGCGUCAGCUGUGGGACUGGAGCAAGCACAACCUGACCAUCGUGAGCGGCCGUAUGUUCUUCCACUACAACUCCAAGCUGUGCAUGUCCGAGAUCCGUAAGAUGGAGGAGGUGACGGGGACCAAGAAACGGCAUGCCAAGAACGACAUCGCCACCAAGACCAACGGAGACCAGGCCUCAUGUGAGAAUGCCGAGCUGAAGUUCACCGUCAUCCGCACCAUGUCUGACAAGAUCCUCCUCAAGUGGGAGUCCUUCUGGCCCACAGACUUCCGAGACCUGCUGGGCUUCAUGGUGCUCUAUAAAGAGGCGCCCUACGCCAACGUGACCGAGUUCGACGGACAGGAUGCCUGCGGCUCCAACAGCUGGGUGAUUGCCGACGUGGACCCACCAGCACGUGCCACUGACGGCAAGGACCAUGCCGACCCCGGCUACCUCAUCACCAUGCUGAAGCCCUGGACGCAGUAUGCCAUCAUGGUCAAGACCCAGCUGUCUGGCUCCGACGAGCACCAGGUCAACGGUGCCAAGAGCAAGAUCAUCUAUGUUCGCACCAACGCCACCAAGCCCUCUGUGCCACUGGACCCCAUCUCCUCGUCUAACUCAUCAUCUCAGAUCAUCCUGAAGUGGAAGCCUCCGAAUGACCCCAACGGCAACAUCACCCACUACCUGGUCUACUGCCAGCAGCUGGCCGAGGCCAGCGAGCUCUACAAGUUUGACUACUGCCAGCAAGGUAUGAAGGUGCCAUCACGCGUGCCCACAAAGGUGGACAACGAGGACGAUCAGAAGCGGAACCAGACGGAGGAGCAUGGCCAGACCGGCCACUGUUGCGCCUGCCCCAAGACCGAGAAGCAGCUCAAGAAGGAGGCCGAGGAGUCCGAGUACCGCAAGACCUUCGAGAACUACCUCCACAACGAAGUCUUCACCGUCAGGCCCUCUCCUACUCGUCAGCGGCGAUCCCUGGGCAGCGUAGCCAACCGCACGCUGAUCGUCACCACCCCCUCCACCGUGCCCAGCCUCCUGCCGCCCACGCUCAGCCCCGAGGAGAAGGAGGCAGAGGCCAACAAGCUGGAGCUCAAGGUGCUCGCCAAGGAGUCCACGGUUAUCUCCAACCUGCGCCACUUCACCAGCUACCAGAUCGAGAUCCACGCCUGCAACCACGACACCGACCCCUUGCGCUGCAGCAUGGCUGCCUACGUCAGCGCCCGCACCAUGCCAGAGGACCGAGCGGAUGACAUCCCAGGGUCCAUCUCAACUGAGGUGUCUGACUACACGGUCCACAUCAAGUGGUCAGAGCCCCAAAACCCCAAUGGCAUGAUCAUCCUCUACGAUGUCAACUACAAGAGAGUGGGAGACGCGGAGGCUUUGCCACUUUGCGUGUCCAGGAAGAGCUACUUAGCUGAUGGAGGCUGCAAGCUCCGGGUGGUGCAUCCUGGGAACUAUACAGUGCGCAUCCGCGCCACCUCCCUGGCGGGCAAUGGUUCCUGGACGGAGCCGGCACACUUCUACAUACAAGACCGAGUGGACACGACAAACAUGCUGAAGAUUGUCAUCGGGCCGGUUAUCUGCAGCAUCCUGCUUGUGAUGAUGAUGUGUCUCGGCAUCUUUGUGUUUAAGAAGAAGCAAACCGAGGGCCCUACUGGGCGCCUGUACACAUCGCCCAACCCAGAGUAUCUCAGCCCGGAUGAAGUCUAUGAGCCAGAUGACUGGGAGGUUCCUCGUGACAAGAUCGCACUUCUGCGUGAGUUGGGUCAGGGCUCCUUUGGCAUGGUGUACGAGGGCAACGCCAAGGACAUUAUUAAGGGCGAGUCCCAGACGCGCGUCGCUGUGAAGACGGUCAACGAGUCGGCCAGCCUGAGGGAGAGGAUCGAGUUCCUGAAUGAAGCGUCCGUCAUGAAGGCCUUCAGCUGCCACCAUGUGGUGAGGCUGCUGGGUGUGGUGUCCAAGGGGCAACCGACCCUGGUGGUGAUGGAGCUGAUGACCCACGGUGACCUGAAGAGCUGGCUGCGCUCCCUGCGUCCGGACGCAGAGAACAACCCCGGGCGUCCUCCCCCCACCUUGAAGGAGAUGAUCCAGAUGGCGGCGGAGAUUGCAGAUGGCAUGGCCUACCUCAACGCCAAGAAGUUUGUGCACAGAGACUUGGCUGCCCGCAACUGUAUGGUGGCCGAGGACUUAACUGUCAAAAUAGGAGACUUUGGGAUGACGAGAGACAUUUAUGAGACUGAUUAUUACAGAAAGGGGGGGAAGGGUCUGCUGCCUGUUAGGUGGAUGGCCCCUGAGUCCCUAAAGGAUGGGGUGUUCACCGCCCAUUCAGAUUGCUGGUCAUUUGGCGUGGUGCUGUGGGAGAUCAGUACACUGGCGGAGCAGCCCUACCAGGGCCUGUCCAACGAGCAGGUCCUCAAGUUCGUCAUGGAGGGGGGAUACCUGGACCGGCCCGAUAACUGUCCAGACCGCCUACACAGCCUGAUGCAGAUGUGCUGGCACUACAACCCCAAGAUGCGGCCACCCUUCCAGGAGAUCAUCGAGAUGCUCCGGAAGGACCUGCACCCCUCCUUCCAGGAGGUCUCCUUCUACUACAGUGAGGAGAACAAGCCUCCAGAGACCGAGGACUUCGACAUGGACCUGGAGAACAUGGAGAGCAUCCCGCUGGACCCAUCGUCCUACUCGCAGCGCGAGGCCAGCCUGGCCGGGGACGAGGGCUCGUCAGUAGGCCUGAGGGGCAGCUACGAGGAGCAUGUGCCCUACACACAUAUGAACGGCGGCAAAAAGAACGGACGCAUUUUAUCCCUGCCGCGCUCCAGCCCCUCCUGAUAUUGCCCUCUCGCUCCUGACAACCCCCCCCCCCCCCCACACACACACACACACACACACACACACACACACAACCCCCCCCCCCCCCCCAUCCCACAGACCCCCUAAAUCACAGAAACACACAGCUAUAUAUUUCCUUUUUUUUUUGGUUCGUUGUUUUAUAGAUUUCACUUUUAUCACGCUCUACAGUGGCUCUUCAGAAAACAAAUCAAAUGAUCUCAGGACUUUUUCUUGUUCUUCUUCUUCUUCUUCUUCUUCUUCUUCUUCUUCUUCUUCUUCUUCUUCUUCUAUCCUCUCUGCUGCAACAGUCUGACAAAGCAGGGUGAGCUGGCCCUCUUUUUGUAUUUGAGCUGAAAAUGGACGUUUCUGCUUCUCACCUGACUUCAGAUUUGUUUUUUCUUCCUUUUAAAAAAAAAAAAAUAAAUAUUGCCAAGUUUCCAGGACUGGUCAGAUGGAACAAACUGUGAAAUUAACCUCAUUAAAAAAAACCAAAAAGGCUGCUUAACUACACCACCUUAAACAGACUGUCCACCAUGGGCCCCUUACACAAACACUCACACACACACACAAUCACAAUCCAACCCCCUCCCAUGCUGGAUUUUUCUCCAGGAGCUGAAGUGGCCUUAUCGUCUCUGUGGCCUAUGAACAUACAGUAGAGGUGUGUGAGUGUGUGUGUGUGUGUGUGUGUGUGUCUUGCUUUCUGUCUCCGAAGUGUCAGUGGCAAACAACCGGAAGCUUUUGGGAACUGUGGGAUUAUGGUCCUGCUCCACCCAUCCAUGAACAAAACUCUUCCCAGGGGGAGCAGUGCGGAUGAGAGGUGUGUGCUGGGAACCCCCCCCCCCCCCCCCGGCUUUUUUUCUCCUCCAGUAUUCCAAACCUUAACAGAGAAUGAACAGUCUUUUUUUUUUUUUUUUCUUUUUUUUCUUUUUUUGGGACAUUACUUUUUAAUUUAUUUACUUUUUCUUUCAGUUUUUUUUUUUCCUCUUGUGUUCUUACAUUACAGCUGAAGGAUAUUUAAACUGUUUUCAGAACAUUUGACAGGGGUUCCUCAGAUUGACCAAUAGUUGCUGCUUUGAUAUAUUUUAGUGGGGAUAGAAAUGAAAAGUAUAUAUAAAUAUAUUAUUGAUGUUUUUUGUACAUAGUUGAUAUGUUGUCAUUCAGAAAAAAGAGGUUAUUGCCGUUUGUAGAGAUGUUUUUACAUGUUUGUCUCUAAUCUUUAUUUUUUCUAAUCCAAAAAAAAUCCUACUAAUCAUCCUCUGGAUAUCAGAUCUGCCAAUCGCACCGAUUGCUCGUUUUUGUCUUUUUUUGUUUUUGUUUUUCUAUCAGACACAGGAGAAGUAUUUUAGAUGCCUUUGGAUUCAGAUGUCAGCGCUUAAUUUCAAGAUCAUUUGAAAUACUGCUGUAAAUAAAAAAAGAAAGCAGUGAGGUGCAUUCAAGAAGAGCUCCUGGGCAUGGUUGUCAUUUCUUGCGUGGUCAGAGCCCUCAGAUGAUUGUGGUUUGCUCUUUGUUUGCUUGUUCAUUUGUUGGUAUAACUGUCGAAAAAGAAAAUGUUUAUGUCCACACGAGUAUCGCAAAAGACACUACAUUCACAGAAACCAGAAAGAAAUAAGACAGUUUGGCUCUGAAAAGUAAUGAAGGAAAGGCAGCAGGAAGGGCAGCCAGGGGUAUUUUAUUAAAAGGAAAAAUCCUUAUUUUUUCACUUUGAUUAUAGUUGAAAGAAGAUAUGCUGGAAUGACCGUUUGACUCCACCA